UUGGAAGUGCAUGCGAAUUUUCCGGAAAAUUUCGAGUGUUGCGAUUUACAUACAUAUAGUACCUACAUAUACAUAAACAAACAAUUGUAUCGCAAUCAGAAUGCUUAAAUAAGUUAUAGAAACAAGUGAAUUCGUUUGAAAUUUCAGACGAUUAGUGUACAAAAAGUAUCAUUGUAUUUGGUUCAGAACUAAAUCCUCCAGAAAUAAUGGCAACGGUGGAGAAACAAUCGUCGGAAAAGCAUGAGGGCGAUGUCACUUGCUUGGCAUACUAUAACGGCCAGCUGUUCUCUGGCGGCGCCGAUGGAAAAAUCAAAAUUUGGGAUAAUGAUUUGAAUCUAAUUAAAUCCUUGGAUGCGCAUGACAGUUACAUAUACGCGAUGGCAAUAAAUUCGAAUAACGGCAAACUAUACUCCAGCAGCUGUGAUGGUUGUGUGAAAUUUAUGGCACCGCCCUACGACCGAACGGAGCAGCUUUUCUGCUGCGAGGAUGUCAUCCAAGCGAUGUACUGUGACGGUGAUAUUUUGUAUACAGGUGAUGAGAAGGGGGUAGUUACGAACUGGAUAGAUGAUAAAAUCAAAUUCAAAUAUAAUCUGGUUGAAGAGGUGAAGUCGCUGGGCGCUGAGAAAUCGCUUAUAUAUACAGUUCGAGAUUUGGACGUGGUGGUGUCGGACAUGAUUGCUGGCAAAUCGGGCAAAUACAGCAACAAGGCAGUGUUGCCGGGCAAAUCGCCGUUGGCGUUAGUUGGUCCUGUGAUCGAUGAUAAACGAACUUUCCUUGUGUUUGCCGAUCGUAGUGGGAAAGGAUUGUCUCUCGUGAAGAAUCUGCCACAACAAAAAUUCGAAAGUGUUUGGAAUUUAACGAAUUGCCACGAGUUGAUCAUUCAAGCGAUCUGCGGAGACGAGAACACCGUCUUUAGUGGCGGCUAUGACAACAAGGUAAAAGGUUGGACCAAUUUGGAACAGACGGUACCCACACCUCUUGGCGAAGUAGAGGUCGGCAGUUGUGUGAAUGCGCUGGUGUGUAGCGGGGAAAAACGGGUUUACAUUGGAGCAUCAGAUGGUUUUGUGCGAAGAGCCAAAUUUGUUUAGUUUUAAUAAUAAGUUAACAUAUGAAAAAUGGUCAACUGCUGUUCUAUGAUUCACAUUGGACAAAAAAUUUUACAUUAAAAUUAAAUUUUAUAAACGAA